AUGCAGGUGGUCGUGGUGGACAAUGGCAUGGUGCAGGUGUCGCUGUCCACGCCGCAGGGCCACAUCACCGCCGUCCGCGUCAACAGCGACCACCAAAACCUGCUGCACUACAACGCCACCCAAGCAAACUCAGGAGGGUACUGGGAUGUGGUUUGGAACUACCCUGGCUCAAAUCAACCAAAAGGAAUGAUGGAUAUGUUGGAUGGUACAGAGUUCAAGGUUGUAUCCUCAGAUGAAGAGCAAGUGGAGCUUUCUUUCAGGAGCUCAUACAGUCCUUCGUCAUCACCUCCAAACAGCCUCCGGCUAAACGUAGACAAGAGGUUUGUGAUGCUGCGAGGCAGCUCCGGGUUCUACUGCUACGCCAUCUUGGAGCAUGCCCGGGAGUGUCCAGCGCUCAACAUCUCCGUGGCUCGCCUCGCCUUCAAGCUCAACGAGGACAGGUUCCGUUACAUGGCCAUCUCCGACGACAUCCAGAGAUACAUGCCGAGUGCGGCGGACAGGGAUCCACCCCGCGGCGUGCCGCUGGACUACAAGGAGGCCGUCCUGCUGGUGGACCCCGUGGAGCCGGAGUUCAAAGGCGAGGUGGAUGACAAGUACCAGUACUCCAUGGACAACAAGGAUAACACGGUGCACGGAUGGAUCGCCGCCGAUUCCGGCGGCGGUGGCGUCGGCUUCUGGGUCAUCACUCCCAGCAACGAGUUCAAGAACGGCGGGCCGCUCAAGCGGGAGCUCACCUCCCACACCGGCCCCACCUCCCUCUCGGUGUUUCUAGGGCCGCAUUACGUGGGCAAGGACAUGGUUAUCAAUUUCGAGGAGGGCGAGUACUGGAAGAAAGUGCUGGGCCCCAUCUUCGUCUACCUCAACUCCGGCCACCACCCGCUGCCCGCCGCCGGCGGCUCCAACGACGACGACGACGACAAUGUCACCAAUCAUCUCUGGGAGGACGCCAAGGCGCAGGCGCAGGCAGAGGUGAGCAAAUGGCCCUACAGCUUCCCCCGGUCGCCGGACUUUGCAAAGGCAGGUGAGAGAGGUUCCGUCACAGGGAGGCUCUGGGUCAGGGACAGGUCCUACUCCAACAACGACGACAAGCAGCAGGCAGCAGCGACGCAGCAGCCUGAGCCUGCUGCCAUGGCUUAUGUCGGCCUCGCUUCGCCUGGCAAACCUGGCUCCUGGGCCACAGAGAGCAAGGGGUAUCAGUUCUGGACGAGGGCCACAUCGGACGGCAGCUUCAGCAUCGGCAAUGUCCGUGAAGGGACGUACAAUCUGUACGCAUGGGUUCCCGGGAUCCUUGGAGACUACAUGCAUGUGUCUCCUGUAACCAUAGCAGCAAGUGCCACCGCCGCCGUCGUCAACCUCGGUGACGACCUCGUGUUCGAGCCUCCAAGAUCAGGGCCCACGCUGUGGGAGAUCGGCGUCCCGGACCGGACGGCGGCGGAGUUCUACGUCCCUGACGCCGACCCCAAGUACGCCAGCAGGCUGUUUCUCACCAAGGACAGGUACCGGCAGUACGGCUUGUGGGAGAGGUACGCCGCCCUGUACCCUGCAGGCGACCUCGUGUUCACGGUCGGCAAGAGCAACCACUCCAGGGACUGGUUCUUUGCUCAUGUCACAAGAAGAGUCGUCGGCGGCGGCGGCGUCGUGGGCAACAACAAUAAUAAUAUUGAGACGACGACGACGACGACGACGACGAGCAUAGUGCCAACGACAUGGCAGAUACGUUUCCAUCUGGACCGAGUGGUGGCAGACGGCACCUACACCCUGCGCAUUGCUCUCGCAGCCUCUCACAUGUCCAACCUCAAGGUGCAAGUGAACAGCGGCGCCGGCGCCGGCGCCGGAGGAGAGGUGAAUCUGUUGGGCGACAACAACGCCAUCGCGCGGCACGGCAUACGCGGCACGCAGUGGAGCCUGGACAUGGAUGUCAAGGGCCACCUGCUCAACCAAGGGGACAACACCAUCUACAUCAACCAGACAACUCCCUACCAGUUUGCCGGGGUCAUGUACGACUACAUUCGCCUUGAAGGGCCUUCCACUUCCACAUAUAGCUAGGGCUGCCCUCUUACCUGCUAUACAGAAUACUGCUCCUUGUGUAUUAAAUUAUAAAUCAGUUUUGAUUUUUCAAUAUUAUGUAUAUGCUAAAUUAUACUCC